UUAUAAGUGAUUGUUUAUACCCUUACUUGUUAAAUGCUGGUCAACUUAUUAGGUAAAGCUUCAAGACAGAAAUCAGAUGAUUGGUGACGAUUUCUAUGUCCGAGGUGAUGGUACUUGCUCAUUUUACUUCUCUGAGGAUUUCCUGUCAACCCUGUUUCUUGAAGCUGGCUUCAACACCAUAGAUAUCAGUGUAUACUGCAAACAAAUUAAGAAUCGUUCUCGGGAUAUAACAAUGGAUCGGCGUUGGAUAAGAGCCAUAUUUAACAAGUUCAACAGCAAUGCUCCAGAUUCUGCUCUUUGUUAAGAAGCUAGAUGAUGAU